AUGUGUUCUAGGCAUGCAGACUGUACUGCUUCAGCUGUCAGUAUUGCUGAACCAACAGUUUGCACAGCUGGAGGAAGUUGGGCCAGUGUUGCCUCCCAAGCUACUCAGAAAAAGCCUUGGAAUGAGAAAAGUCAGGUUUUCUGUAGAGGUGGAAGACAGGCUGAACUCCGAAAUAAUGCACAGCUUGGGUAUCGUUUGAGAGGACAGAGCACAUCAUCAGAAAGGAGACAAAAUAUUCAAAGAAAGCAAGACAGUAAAGCAGGGACCACAGCACAGAUAAACAGACCUGACCAGAGUCCUGAACAGCUGUAUUUUGAGGAUGAAGAUGAAUUUCCAGAAUUGAACAGCAGCAAUGGGAGUUCUAGAAAUGAGAGCACACAGCCAAAGAUGAACACAAAAGUGUUGGAUGGUUUACCUGAAAAUUCUCCAAUUAGCAUUGUUCAGACCCCAAUCCCUAUCACAACAUCUGUACCAAAACGAGCUAAGAGUCAGAAGAAGAAAGCACUUGCUGCUGCAUUGGCCACUGCCCAGGAGUAUUCCGAGAUUAGCAUGGAACAGAAAAAACUUCAGGAAGCUCUAUCUAAAGCAUCUGGAAAGAAGAGCAAGACUCCAGUACAGUUAGACCUUGGAGAUAUGUUGGCAGAACUGGAGAGGCAGCAACAAGCAAUGAAGGCUCGUCAGAUAACGAAUACCAGACCUUUAUCAUACACUGUUGGCAGUGCUGUUCCCUUUCACACCAAAGAACACACAAACAGGAAUGUGUUUACAAAGGCCCAGACGUUCAUGGGUUCUCCAAAUCCUUUGGACUCCACUGCUCCAAGGAUCAAAAGAGGAAAAGAAAAAGAAGUUCCAAAAUUAAAACGUCCAACUGCUCUGAAAAAGAUUAUCCUAAAAGAAAGAGAAGAAAAGAAAGGACGUAUACCUGUGGAUCCAAGUGUUUUGGGUUCAGAGGAACAAAAGGAUGUUCCUUUAAGCUUUACUGAUGAUCAGUCAGAAGAGCUGGCAUCUCAAGAAGAUGCAGGUCUCAGUGCACCAAGUGACACCUCUCUCUCGCCUGCAAGUCAGAACUCCCCCUACUGUAUGACCCCUGUAUCACAGGGCUCUCCAGCAAGUUCCGGGAUCGGCAGCCCCAUGGCUUCCUCAGCCAUCACCAAAAUCCACAGCAAGAGGUUUAGAGAGUAUUGCAAUCAGGUGCUAAGUAAGGAAAUUGAUGAAUGUGUAACUGUUUUACUGCAAGAACUGGUCAGCUUUCAAGAGAGAGUGUACCAAAAGGACCCAGUGAAAGCCAAGUCAAAGAGAAGAUUAGUUAUGGGUUUACGAGAAGUAACCAAGCACAUGAAACUAAACAAGAUCAAGUGUGUUAUUAUUUCACCAAACUGUGAGAAAAUUCAGUCAAAAGGUGGAUUGGAUGAGGCCCUCUAUAAUGUAUCGCUAUGGCCAGAGAGCAAGAAAUUCCCUUUGUUUUUGCUCUGGGAAGGAAAGCACUGGGUCGCUGUGUAAACAAAUUGGUACCUGUCAGUGUUGUUGGCAUUUUCAGCUACUCUGGCGCAGAGAGCUUAUUUAAUAACCUGGUGUCCCUGACGGAAGAGGCCAGAAAGGCGUACAAAGAUAUGGUGUCCUCGAUGGAGCAGGAACAGGCUGAGGAGGCUCUAAAGAAUGUUAAAAAAGUCCCCCACCACAUGGGUCAUUCUCGUAACCCCUCUGCAGCCAGUGCAAUUUCAUUCUGCAGCGUCAUCUCUGAGCCUAUAUCGGAAGUCAAUGAGAAGGAUUAUGAAACAAAUUGGAGAAAUAUGGUAGAAACAUCUGAUGGACAUGAAGCAUCGGAAAAUGAAGACUGUUCAGUGAGGACAGUGGAUUCAGAACAAACCAUUAACAUCCAAUCUGAUAGUAAAGCCAGCAUGCAUAAACAAACACCAGUGAACCCUCCUGGUGUUACUACCUCAGGCAGUAAACCUUGCAAGUUGACUCCAGUCGAAAAAGAAGAGGUGAAACCAGAUGACAAUCUGGAAUGGGCAUCCCAGCAGAGUACUGAAACUGGAUCAUGGGAUGGAAGCGGGAGAGACGUCCUCAACUCCUCCAUGACAAGUACUACUAGCACUCUGGUACCAGAAAUGCUGGAAGAAGAUGAUGAUGAGGAAGAAGAGGAUGAGUAUCACCAGGAACCUAUUUCAGUAAGCAGAAUAGAGUCCUGGGUUUCAGAGACCCAGAGGACUAUGGAGACACUUCAGCUUGUGAAUAGCCCUGAAGAGGAUAAUAUGGAGCAUAGUGAAGAUGACGAUGAUGAUGCAGAGCCCUCUGAACAUGUAGACCCAGUUGUUGAAUGCAAGGAACGGACAGCGGAAAAGCUUCCCAGGAAUGGAUCGCAACCACAAAGUGCUGGGAGGGGGUUAUUAAAAGAGAGCUCUAAUUCUAAUUUUGUUUAG